AUGGCUCGCAAAUUGGUCACAGUUCGACGAGUUUCUUCAAUCCGCCCUAUCCCAGCAUCCUCAAAUGUGUCAAUCGCCUCAAUCGACGGAUGGAAUUGCGGUGUACUGGCCGGCCAAGUCACUCAAGGCGACCUGGUGCUAUUUUUCGAGGUUGAUUCGUUUCUCCCGGACCCCAAGCAUGAUCCCCGCUUUGGUCACGGGAACAGCCCGAUUCACCACACUGUUACCACUUGGCAGGGAAACAGAGGCAUCCACGUCAAGUCUGUCACGAUCGGGAGGAGCAGUGAGAUUUCGCAGGGCGUUGCGCUCAAUCUGAAAGAAUUCCCCGAGGUCGAAGCUGGCUACGCAGAGGCAGUGCAGAAGUCGGGCCCCGUCGCCUGA